CAGAGAGAGACACCAUAGCCACACCCGUGGCGUCAUUGUUCGGGCUUGCUGCGUCCAUGUUUUUGAGAAACGAGAAAUCACAUUCCGAUGGCUGUCUGUGGCUGGCUUGUGGUUGUCUAGCUCUCUGGCUGACGACUGGGCUGCUGCUACCCUCGUAGCAUUCUAGCCCACCGAUGAACUGCCGAUAUCAAUUGUUCAGCUCGAGGGAAACAGCCAAGACAAUUGAUGCAGCCCAUGCCUCUUUUUUUUUCUUUUUUUUCUCUUCAUGUGUCAUGUCUUCCCGCACUACGGCCACGACCUGGAUGGAGCUGAAGACAUUGGGCUUGGGGCCGGGUGCCGGGGCAAUUGGGAGCGGCCCCAAACAGCGAGAGAGCCAAGCAGUGUACACCACAGCGGAUACGAGAAAGCCCGGCCGCGCUGGCUGCAGCGCUGACUGAGGGGUCUUCUGCUUCGGUGCUGAGUCGUGGUGGUGGUUCACGCCCGAGAGUGGUUCGAACGACUGGGCCGAUGUGCUUGUCCCUCGUAUCCCCCGGUAGCAACAUAUAGUUUAUAGACAGAGCUUGGUG